CCUGACGCCGUUACAUUCGUACUGUACAGUGGCAAAACGGUGAGCAGGAGCCUGCCUCCUUCGUGUGCCACGGUCGACCACUCAGCACACGUCCUAGUCCAAAUCACAGACUCUAGCGGUAGGCCUCAUCAGCAAGAGCAGAAAAUAUCUGCACAUUUGGAGCUUGUUUCAAACCCUGACUCCAACAGUCAACCCAGAGUAACAAGUUUACCGGUUAUCAUGGUGUCUCUUUCUGAAUAUGAAGUGUCGUACAUGCCUGUCAGUCGAGGCAAACACACACUCAGUAUUCUGGUGAAUGGCUGUCAUAUCAAUGGCAGUCCCUUUACUGUCACUGCGUACCCUAACCCUAGACACCUAGGAGAACCAGUGAACUAUUUGCCUAAUUUGAGUGGACCGUUUGGUAUUGCUUUUAACAAACGCAAUGAAGUGAUUGUUAGUGAACUUGAAGGUCAACGAUUGUCCGUCUUUGACAACAAAAGACAAAAGAUACGAACAAUUCCACUGUAUAAAGAUAGUCCACACCUGACAAUUUUUCCCAAAGGUGUAACAACUGAUGAUGCUAACAACAUUUACGUGACCAGUGAGCACAAGCUGCAGAAGUAUGAUAGUAAUGGUAAACUGAUCAAAUGUAUCGGAGCGGAGGGCACAAAGGAGGGGGAGUUCAAUUCUCUACGUGGGAUUACGUUGCACAAAAACCAAGUGUACGUCUGUGAUCGCAAUAACGAUCGUCUUCAGGUAUUUGACCUAGACUUGAACUUUGUUCGAACCAUUGGCUCACUUCCUAUGGACAAAUGUGAAUUCAAAGAACCAAUUGAUGUAAAGUUUGAUACGGGAGGAAAUAUGUAUGUAACUGAGAUCGGUAACAGAAAAGUGCAAGUAAGGGAUGCAAGCGGACAUUUCAUACGGGAAUUUGGUCAAGAGGGCGAACAAAAACUACUCAGGCCAUCAGGUCUUAAAGUUGCUGACAAAUAAUAUGUCUAUGUGUCUGAUUAUCACAGUCAUUGUGUUUGUGUGUAUACGACAUCAGGUCAAUUUGUGACAUCAUUUGGGAACAGGGAGGGAGAGUUUCUAUGUAUCGCCUCUUGUGCUGAUGGUUUUAUACAUGUGUGUGACAUGUUCAGCAAUAGAGUUCAGAU